AUGGACAAGCCCGCCGACGCGCGUGGCCCCGUGACGAUCGAGCUGGCGACGCCGCGCGGCUUCUGCGCCGGCGUCGAGCGCGCCAUCGAGAUCGUCGAGCGGGCGCUGGAGAAGUUCGGCGCCCCGGUCUACGUCCGCCACGAGAUCGUCCACAACCGCUAUGUCGUCGAGGGCCUGGAGGCCAAGGGCGCGGUCUUCGUCGAGGAACUCGACGAGGUGCCCAACGACGCGCCGGUGAUCUUCUCGGCGCACGGCGUGCCCAAGGCGGUGCCCAACGAGGCCGAGCGCCGCAAGCUGGUCUACGUCGACGCCACCUGCCCGCUGGUCAGCAAGGUGCACGUCGAGGCCGAGCGCCACUUCAAGGACGGCCACCACAUCCUACUGAUCGGCCACGCCGGCCACCCCGAGGUGGUCGGCACCAUGGGCCAGCUUCCCGAGGGUGCGAUCCAGCUCGUCGAGGAGGUCGGCGACGUGGCGGCGCUCGAAGUGCCCGAUCCCGACAGCCUCGCCUACAUCACCCAGACCACCCUGUCGGUCGACGACACCGCCGCCGUGGUCGAGGCGCUGCGGGCGCGCUUUCCCAACAUCCACGGCCCGAAGAAGGAAGACAUCUGCUACGCCACCACCAACCGGCAGCAGGCGGUCAAGGACAUUGCCGGGCGCUGCGACGUGCUGCUGGUGGUCGGCGCGCCCAACUCCUCCAACUCCCAGCGGCUGGUCGAGGUGGCGCGGACCAGCGGCUGCCCCAAGGCCUUCCUGGUGCAGCGUGCCGCCGACAUCCCCUGGGCGGAGCUGGAGGAGGUCGGCCACGUCGGUCUGACCGCCGGGGCGAGCGCGCCCGAGGUGCUGGUGCAGGAGGUGAUCGAGGCCUUCAAGCAGCGCCGCGAGGUCUCGCUGCGCCUGGCCGAGACGGUGACCGAGAACGUCCACUUCAAGCUGCCGCGCGUGCUGCAGGAGGCCGAUGCGGUCGGCGCCGGCCGCCUGCGCUCGCAGCAGGGCAUUGCCGUCCGGCGCCGGAAGGUCGCCGGUCGGAUCGGCGGGGCGGCAACGAGGCGAGGCGCGGAAGAGGGCGGGCGCCGACCCGGCAGGCGGGUCCGGCGGCGGGUGCGAAUGGCGGUCUAUACGGAAGUUUCCGACGAGGAGCUGGAGGCCUUCCUGGCCGACUACGACCUCGGCGAGGUGCUGGCCUUCAAGGGCAUCGCCGAAGGGGUCGAGAACUCCAACUUCCUGCUGACCACCGAGCAGGGCAACUUCAUCCUCACCCUCUACGAGAAGCGGGUCGACCCCCGGGACCUGCCCUACUUCCUCGGGCUGAUGGAGCACCUCGCCGAGCGCGGCAUCGCCUGCCCGCUGCCGGUGCACGCGCGCGACGGCCGGGCCCUGCGCGAGCUGGUCGGGCGGCCGGCGGUGAUCAUCUCCUUCCUCGAAGGGCUCUGGCCGCGGCGCAUCCAUCCCCAGCACUGCCGCGAGCUGGGCGCCGCGCUGGCCCGGCUGCACCUCGCCGGCCGCGACUUCCCGCUGUCGCGCCCCAACGCCCUGUCGGUCGCCGCCUGGCGCCCGCUGUUCGAGGCCUGCGCGCCGCGCGCCCACGAGGUGCGGCCCGAGCUGGCCGGCGAGCUGGCGCGCGAGCUGGACUUCCUGGAGGCCCACUGGCCGGCCGAGCUGCCCGCCGGCGUGAUCCACGCCGACCUGUUUCCGGACAACGUCUUCUUCCGGCACGAGAAGCUGACCGGGCUGAUCGACUUCUACUUCGCCUGCAACGACCUCUUCGCCUACGACGUGGCGAUCUGCCUCAACGCCUG